AUGUCAGUGGAAGCACUGUUAAAAUCUUUGAAAACCUUUGCCACGAGCCCUAAUGAAGAUUACACUGAUCGUCUACAUAGUUGCAUUACUGUAAACUUACUUAUCACUCUAAGUAUAAUCACAGCAUGGAAAGUAUUCAAUGGAGAUCCUAUUCACUGUAUGCUAUCUUCACCUUUACCUAAUUCUUGGCUUGCGAUGUAUGCAAAUAAUAGUGAUAAAAAGAAAAACGAUAAUAAUAUAAUAACGGUGAUGAUAACGAUGAUUGAUAAAUGUGAAGCGAUCGUGAACAAAUAUAUUCGAGAUAUCGUAGAACAAGGUUUCUGGACAUCUAUCAAAGUAACAUUUGGCAAGCUGGAAUACAAAUAA